AUGACGCAUGACCUUGAUCGAGCCUUGCGUCUUUUAUUCAGCGUGACUCGAGCACCAAGGUAUUUUGGCAUAUUACAGGAUCACAGAGGUCAGCCUCUCUCCGUCGAGAUAUCUGAAGAGUAUAUGGAUCAAGAUUACAUUGCAACAAAUAGAAAUCCCUUAGAUAUGGAUGACUUUGAUGAUGACGAAACAGAAGAGAUACUCGAUGAAAAAGACAAAGAUAUCAAAUUACUCAAUAAAUACAAUUUACAAGCUGGACCCGUG